CCGCUGCGCCUGACCCCGCAGAGGGAGUUCAUCAAGUCUCUGAUGGGCAUCGGCAAGCGGCUGGCCACACUGCCCACCAAGGAGCAGAAGACCAAGCAGCUCACCUCAGAGCUGUUAGUGCUCAACCACAAGUUGCCCGCCCGCGUCUGGCUGCCAACUGCAGCCUUCGACCACCACGUGGUGCGCGUGCCCCACACACAGGCCGUGGUGCUCAACUCCAAAGACAAGGUGAGGCGACUUGUUGUAAUAUACCUGUAUAUGGAGGUACACACACACACACUACAAAGGCUCCAAAAACAAGGUGACCAGAAGGCCUAGUAGUUUGAAACCUUUUAGUUAACUAAUUUGUUAGUUUGUUAUUUCCUGAGGUGCCUGGAGUUUAAAUGGAGCGGGCCCCAAUGCUCUUUGUCAAUGGGACUUCCUGGUUAAAUGUACCUUUAAAAAAUAGCUCUAGAACUCCAUUCCCUAAGUAUGACCUCUGACUUCUUAAUUCUCAUCAUCCUCUCAGGCCCCGUACAUAAUCUACGUGGAGGUGCUGGAGUGCGAGAGCUUCGAGACGUCCGCCAUUCCUGUGCGCAUCCCGGAGACGCGCAUCCGCAGCGCCCGCUCUGCGGACAACCUCCUCCCGGAGUGCAUUGGCAUCACAGCCGAGCAGCGCGCCGGCAGCUUCUCCACCGUGCCCAACUAUGACAACGACGACGAGGCCUGGGCCGUGGACGACAUCGGCGAGCUGCAAGUGGAGGUAGGUACCCGUGGCAACCACGUGGUGGCACUGUGACUUUCAUCACAUUUUGAUGACUAGGGUGUAGGAGAAGUGGGAGUGAAUCAGAUUUGAAUGUCCUAUAACCCUGGGGUCCUUCUAUGGUUCCAGCUCCCAGAAGGCCACACCAGUAGCAGUGACAACAUCUCCCAGUUCUCUGUGGACAGCAUCACCAGCACGGAGAGCAAGGAGCCAGUCUUCAUCGCCGCCGGCGACAUCAGGUACAGGGUCACUGUCAGCUAGAAUUGCUGUGCUAGCUUGUAGCUUCUCUUUUAAGACUUGCUUGUAGGGCUGUUGCGGUGACCGUAUUACCGCCACACAGGCGGUCACGAGUCAUGAAGGCAGUCAAAUUCCACAUGACCGUUUAGUCACGGUAAUUAGGCUUCUCCAAGCUCUGAUGCUGCUGAUGGUCAUUAGUAGCCUACCAAACUUGCUAACUGACUGGUACUCAAAUGUCACACACAUCAUUUAGUAUAUGUAAAGACCAGAUUAAAUCAAGAAUAGUCUGAUGGGUGACAAUAUUAGCCGAUCACUUGUGAAUUAUAUAUUAUCACUUGUGAACGAUGCCAAGCAUAAGAAACAAAGCCUUUUUUUUGCGACUUGUUCGAAUCAGUCGGCACACCUCAUGUAGCCUAGCCCAUAUAUGCUUAUAUGUUUUAAUAAGGUUUGUAUCACAAAUAAAGUAGCCAAAUAACUUCUUAAAAUUAAGCACAUUAAUCCGCUUUACAAGGGGUAUAGAGCCUAACUGGCAUAUAAGCAGUGUGUGAGUUUCAAGUUUGGGGAAGAUAAUGUUCACCAUAAAAAUGCACCUUUUAUAAUAAAAGCAUUACAUGCAUAAUUGCAUUUGCAGUGACUUUUGAUAAUGGUGUUUUCCGCUAAUGGAACAUUCACGCUUAUAGCCUACUGCCAUAUGCGCAUUGCUGCACUUAUAAUGUGAAGAAAUAGACGAAUAGUUUAUCAACAUUUUAAGCUAAACGUUCUGAUCUGUUGCAUCAGCCACAUUGCAUAAAAAAGUUUAUUUGAUGCUAGUGGUUGUAUUAAUUUGGGAUCUAUUGCACCCCACAACUGUCUCAGACUAUGUUUGGAAUAUUUAUUUCUCACACAGAAUAGAAUAGGUCGACUUUUGUACUAUGGGGGAUAGUAGAUUGACAUAGGCUAGUGCUUUUGCUGGUCGUUAGGGCUACUCAUCUUGUUGGCUGACGAAAAGUAAAUGUGGACAGUUCUUCCAAUAUCUUCAAUAUGCACUUCGGAAUUGGAUAAGGACGCACGCAGUUGCGUCCCCGAUGUGUCUGUCUUAACUUGUAGCCUGUGAGAAAGACCCGAUCACGUGACGGAGAGCCGUGUGAGUGAGAGACGCUUUGGAUUGCGCAGCACACUCAGGGAGAAGAGAACAACGCAGCACUCUGGGCCGCAAAAGGCAUGGCUUAUUUUAGGGUGCUUUAUGGCCACAAAGGGGUUGCCACUGUGAAAUUCAAGGCAUUAUCAAGUGCUUGUCAAAUUGUGAAUGAGAGACUAUUGGAGUGUGUAAAAAAAAAAAAAAAAAAAAAAGCAGAGCUCAUGCCUUUCAAGCGACUUUUCAAAUCAUCAUUAGUCUCAUCAUGCAGCCUUACAAUGUAUUAAAAAUCUAAACAUAUAGCCCAACGUUUGUAGAACAACUAAAGUUACAUUAAUAACUCUAAAUUAAGCAUGUAGGAGUACCUAUUUCUUUGUUAACCGCUCAACAUAGAAUAGCCGCAUGUGCGCACUCCUUCAAAUCGUUUGGUUAAAAUAUUUAUUUUAUAUUUAUUGUAUUCUUCAUACUAUAAAAUAAUGCCACGGAAUUCUAAGCAAAUCUUGUCUGCUAAAUGAACUAGUGUAGCCCACCGCCAUUUGGCAUAGCCACAUCAGGACCUAACAUAAGGACAACUCAGAGUAUGCUAUUAUUUUCUUCUGAAAUAGACUACAUUUUCUUCAUAUCAUGCUUCUUUAGACCUGUCUAAAAUAAAUAAUGGAUUUAUUGUGAAGGUAUAUGCUAUAUUACAUGGAUUUAUUAUACUUUUUCAAAUGGCUUGUAGGCUAUGUGUGGAAGCCAGGAGAUGCUAAAUGUGUUUGUUAAUUAACGGACAAUUACCGUGAGGCCGACCAGUUAUUUGCUUGACAAUCACUGGCUGACAAUUUCGUGACCGCCACAGCCCUACUUGCUUGACUUGGGAUGAAAGCAGGAGCGGUCCUUUUUCAAGUCGGUCCAUUAGAUGUUCACAGAAAUUCCCAAAUGACAUUAUGCUAUCUCCUGAUUAUUCACUGUUAAGAGUUCAUACACAUUUUGACAGAUGGAAUUUCAUUACUUUUCCAUGACUUCCCAUGACUUUCAACCAAAUUUCCAUGACCAAUAAUUGUAGCCUACAUGAAAAGUCAGAAUAAAUGUGGUAUUGACACUAGAAGGCUGCUGGUCUCUGAACCCAUGUAGGCCUACUAUCUCCUGCCGUUGUGCCCUUGAUCAUGGCACUUAACCCCCCACAAAGUAAAAUAGCUGCACUGUUAGGCUACUGUAUAAAACAGGUGAUCAACCCUCCAUCUGGAGAGCUACUGGGUAUGCAGGCUUUUGAUCCAGCCCUGAAACGCACAAGAGUCUGCCUAUAAAGGUCCUGUUGAGCAGCUGAUGUUUAGGCUACAAUGUGGUGUGUUAGAGCAUGGCUUGAUCAAAAGCCUGCACAACCAGUAGCUCUGUUGGAGGACGGUUGACCACCCUUGAAAUAAAAUAUUGCAACAUUACAACCAAAUACUUUUGUCUUCAUAGAAUUAUUCCCUCAUUCAAUGAAUCAGGGAUAAAAUUGAUAAUGUAGGCUACUUAAAAGCAAGGUAGCUAACCUUUAUAAGGCUAAAAUAUUUGUUUCAGGGGAGAUAUUUGUCAAUUAGGCUAUUCUUAGAAUAUUUUUAACGUCGGAAUUACAUAGACUACUGUUUAAUAGAGGGGAAUUCCAGCUUUCAAAUAACGGUGUAAAAUGUAUUUCUCAACAUUGCCGGUGGAAAGGCUACAACGAGUCAACGACAUUAACUUUUUAGCUAUAGGCCUAAGCAUUAACUAGCGAGAUAGCUUGUAGCAAGGCUAAUUAUGUUUUGAGUUGGCUAUUUAGUUAGUCUAUCAUUAUUUUAUAGGCCACCUGCUGCUGAAAUGUCUCUCUCCCCUUGGUCAAUGGCCUACUUCCACUGGCACACACACACAGAUGAUCCACAGCACACAGACGCGCUGAAGGGUAGACAUAAUUCUGAUCAGGGCUGAUAUGUAGAAUUGUUAAGAUUUCCUGGAUUUUCAUGACCUCAUUUGACAAUUUGGAACAUCGCAUCCUGCGCGUUCAGGCUGGCGCAUUCUCAAACUCGAACUGUCUACUGGGACACAUACACUGGAUUCACAGACUAGUCAAAUAAAAUAAAAUCUUAUUUGUCACAUACACGUGUUUAGCAGAUGUUAUUGCAGGUGUAGCGAAAUGCUUGUGCUUCUAGCUCCGACUGCGGUAAUAUCUAACAAGUAAUAUCUAGCAAUUUCACAACAUAUACCCAAUACACACACAUCUAAGUAAGGAAUGGAAUUAAGAAUAUAUACAUAUAUGGACGAGCAAUAACAGAGCGGCAUGGACUAAGAUACAGUAGAAUAGUAUAGAAUACAGUAUAUACAUAUGAGAUGAGUAAUGCAAGAUAUGUAAACAUUAUUCAAGUGACUAGUGUUCCAUUUCUUAAAGUGGCCAGUGAUUUCUAGUCUAUCAAUAGGCAGCAGCCUCUAAUGUGCUAGUGAUGGCCCUAUAAGAUCCUGGUGAUAUGUCAAAUAAGCUUGAACAAAGAGGAAUCAGGAUAUGAAUGCAUACUCCAUUGCUAAUCAAUGCAGAUCCUGCCUUCAUUCCACUUGGAUCAACCUUUUUUUGCAUAUUUUUUGCUGCUUUUGUGUGAUGGGCCACUUUGUUUUCUAAAGGAGACGGCAGUUCCCCAAAAAUUGGAGGUGCCGGUACAGCGCUCCGGACAGCUCCGGCCCAAGUCCAAGCACUGCUUGUUAUAGUUUCAUGUUUUGGGUCCAUCGCUAUGGUCUGGAUAGAGGUUUUACAACAGCAUGUUUCUUUUGUCUUAGGCGACGUCUGUCAGAGAACCUGGCCCACACCCCCACCACGUUCCGGAAAGAUCCGGAGGACCCGUCCGCUGUGGCGCUCAAGGAGCCCUGGCAGGAGAAAGUCAGGUGGGUGAUUGGUACAUAGAACUAAUAGAAGGGACACAGAAAUGGAUGGGCAUACACAAUCCCCCCCUGAGGAUACAUGUCUAGGCCACUUAGUGCAGCGAAGAACAACACAGUGGCAUUGUAAAGUCAUUUGUUGUUUCUCACUAUUUCCUUCCGCUCUCUCUCCAUUCCUCAGGCGGAUAAGGGAGGGCUCCCCUUACGGUCACCUGCCAAACUGGCGGCUGCUGUCGGUCAUUGUGAAGUGUGGGGACGACCUGCGGCAGGAGCUACUGGCCUUCCAGGUGCUCAGCCAACUACAGGUACGUGACCCUCCACAGUCCCAUUCCACAGAAAUGCUCUGAAUAAUAAUAAUAAUAAUAAUAAUAAUAAUAAUAAUAAUAAUAAUAAUUAACAUUCACUAAUUCGCUCUACUUCUCCCCCUUCCUCUCCAGUCUAUCUGGGAGCAGGAGCGUGUCCCCUUGUGGAUCAAGCCCUAUAAGAUCCUGGUGAUGUCAUCGGACAGCGGGAUGAUCGAGCCCGUACUGAACGCUGUGUCUCUGCACCAGGUGAGCACGUUUUGAAAAUGAAAUUAAUCCAAUUGCGCACUUGAAAUCUUAGUUGCCUAACAAUACAUUCAAGCAGAGGUUGUUUAGCUAAGUAAUCCGGUACGACUGCCCUCUUGGGAUGAAAGAUUUGGAUAAAAUAAGUAACAGUUUGAUCACGCUAUUAUCAGUAGUAAUUUGUUAUGGAAUACCAUGUCGAUAGCUAUUUCUUAGGGAAUGCUGUGUCAAUAGCUAUUUCUUAGGGAAUGCUGUGUCAAUAGCUAUUUGUUAUGGAAUGCUGUGUCAAUAGCUAUUUGUUAUGGAAUGCUGUGUCAAUAGCUAUUUGUUAUGGAAUGCUGUGUCAAUAGCUAUUUGUUAUGGAAUGCUGUGUCAAUAGCUAUUUGUUAUGGAAUGCUGUGUCAAUAGCUAUUUCUUAUGGAAUGCUGUGUCAAUAGCUAUUUCUUAGGGAAUGCUGUGUCAAUAGCUAUUUCUUAGGGAAUGCUGUGUCAAUAGCUAUUUCUUAGGGAAUGCUGUGUCAAUAGCUAUUUCUUAGGGAAUGCUGUGUCAAUAGCUAUUUCUUAGGGAAUGCUGUGUCAAUAGCUAUUUCUUAGGGAAUGCUGUGUCAAUAGCUAUUUCUUAGGGAAUGCUGUGUCAAUAGCUAUUUCUUAGGGAAUGCUGUGUCAAUAGCUAUUUCUUAGGGAAUGCUGUGUCGGUAGCUAUUUCUUAUGGAAUGCUGUGUCGGUAGUUAUUAUUAAUGGAAUACCGUGUCGGUUGCUAUUUCUAAUGGAAUACCGUGUCGGUUGCUAUUUCUAAUGGAAUGCUGUGUCUGUGCUCCAGGUGAGGAAGCAGAGCCAGCUGUCUCUGCUGGACUACUUCCUGCAGGAGCACGGCAGCUACACCACCGAGGCCUUCCUCACCGCCCAGCGCAACUUUGUGGAAAGCUGCGCCGGCUACAGCCUCAUCUGCUACCUGCUGCAGGUCAAAGACAGGUGGGCAGCCCUCCCUUCUCAUCCCUCCUUUAGUUUCACUAGUACUAUUACUCCCCUGUUCUUAGCUUCCUGCAUCUUUGAGCCUGUUUGGCUGCGUUUACACAGGCAGCUCAAUUCAGAUCUUUUGCCAAUAAUAUCAACUACCACAUCCCACCCUCUCCUGUAUUCCUGUACUCUUUACUCACUCCCCCUUCUUAUCUCCUUUCUCCAGACACAAUGGCAACAUCCUCCUGGACUCUGAGGGCCACAUUAUCCACAUUGACUUUGGCUUCAUCCUGUCCAGCUCACCCAGGAACCUGGGCUUUGAGACCUCUGCUUUUAAGCUCACCAGCGAAUUUGUGGAUGUGAGUCAAAUAAAUCAGUGAAUGUGCAUUGUCACAUUAAAAUGUAAACCGGAGAACGCAAUGUGGAAUUGAUCAUACAGCUAGCUGCCUAACAAUUUAGUUAUUAAUGUCACAAUGUUCACUACAUAAAUACAUACAUUUGUUGGUGUGUUCAAAGAUGCUAUUAGCGACAAUGAGUUUGCUGCUUAUCUGCAGUAGCCUGCAUAACCUGUCGGUUUUGUAUGUGUAAAGACUAACCUCUGUUGUCCGUGGUUCUCUCUCAGGUGAUGGGAGGCCUGGAUGGAGACAUGUUCAACUACUACAAGAUGCUGAUGCUCCAGGGCCUGAUAGCUGCUCGCAAACACAUGGAGAAGGUGGUCCAAAUAGUGGAGAUCAUGCAGCAAGGUACUGUUAGCUAAAACAGUAUAUUAGCAUGAUCAGUGUGUUGUGGUGGUUUCCAUUUAUAUGGUCUUUCUGCCCUCUGUCUGGUUUCUCUAUGGUAUUGCUAUUGCAACUCCUCUGACUCCCUCUCCCUGGGUCUCUCCUCCCCCACCAGGCUCUCACUUGCCCUGCUUCCAUGGCUCCAGCACCAUCCGCUACCUGAAGGAGCGUUUCCACAUGAGCCUGACAGAGGAGCAGCUACAGGUGCUGGUGGAGCAGAUGGUGGAUGGCUCCAUGCGCUCCAUCACCACCAAGCUUUACGACGGCUUCCAGUACUUCACCAACGGCAUCAUGUGAACAGUUCAACACCAAGACACGAAACUCAACUACAUGGGACAACCACAUGGGAGAGCAAGCAAUCGUGUACACACACAGAUGGUGGCGAACAUGUGCAUAUGGACUCACGCAUGUGUGCUUGCCAUAGCAGCACAUCUACGAAAAUGGACUCAUGUAUAGAUUAGUGCUACAGGAUCUGUUUGCAAACUUGAUAUGUUCUUUGUCUUAGAUGGACUUCUGUUUUCCCCCUCCUUAUUUUGGCCUUGUGGAGGGGGAGUCUGCACCUCAUCUUGUCCUCCUAUCCAUAGGACUUUUACCGCAUUGACUGUUCUAAAACAAGGCAUAACGCACAGUUCAAAUCACACACGAAAAGGAUUAAGUAUCAAUAUCAGAGGAGGUACUUAAUUGAAAAGGGGGAGGGGCAACAUUGGAGAGGGCGUGGUCUAUAUUCAGAGGUGCCCAGAAGAGUUUUCUCAGAAUGGACAAAUGACAAAACUGUUUGUUGAAGUCCUGUGGCUCAAUUGUGCAAGAGCGAAUCACAAAGAGGUACAUAUCGAAUAUAUGUACUUAUUUUCAUUGUUCUUAGAACAAAAUGGACUUUGAGAAGUUGAAGCCACUAUGUAACGACAAAGAAAGCACAAGACAUAAUUUGCUGGGGUUUUCUAACGGACAUUUUCCUUCUUCUCUGAAAAUUCUGUGGUUAACAAGAAUGAGCCAGCCCAAAGAGAGGGGAGAAAAAAGGACUAUUAAAAACCAUUGGUGUAUGAGUGUUAUCUGUCUGGAAAACAACUCUUUAUUCCAAGGUUUUGAUUCGUUUUGAACAAUGUUUAAAUUUCAAACUGGAAGUUUGAACUAGGACCAACUCGUCUCUUAUUAGGGGUCCAAGCAUGCAGCAAAGCUGCUGGUUGUAUGUGUUUUUCUUCCCAUCCUUAAAAGGAGCAGUUUCAUUUUCAAUCUGGGUUUCAGACAACUGGGGCUCAUCCAGUAGAGCACAUCUGUACUUAGUGUUACAGAUAGAAAGGCCAUGAAUAGAAAGGAGACUGUUCUCUGUCAUCACAGUUCAGUUAUCUAGGGACUCUUGUCCUUACUGAAUAAGCACCAGGCAAGUCUGCCUAGUAUCUGAAACCAUCAGGAAAGGGCAGAAUGUUGUACUGUUGAAUAUGCCGACUGUGUCAUGCCAACAUACAUCAUGUAGGUCUUUGCUUUGCUAGUGUCACUCUUUAAACCAUCAUACUUGAAGGAACGCUAGCGUAGUGAUGAGCCUCAUGCACUUAAUGACAGUUAUGUUGAACCAAAAUGGCUACCUGUGGUUACAUAUACAAAACAAUUGCAAUGGAUUUAUGCAAAAAACUCAACAUUGAUGUUCCACUAAUGUUCGUCUUUCAUCUCUAACUGUGUAUAUUAACGCAUUAUUAUUGUAUGUUGUUUUAACUUAGGUUGCAUAUUUAACGAAUGCUCAACACGUCCCUCUCUGGUUGGCUCUGGGCUGCAUUCCUGUGACUAACUCAGGCCAAUCCAGAGAGAGGGUUGUCCUUGAGCAGACCAUGUAAAUAAUGGGAGUGAUAUCAUUCCUCUGUCUGUCUUAGUCUGUUUAUUUCUCCUUGUUUUGAACAGUAUGAGCUCAUUAUCACAAGUCAACUUCCUUGAUAUGUGAAUGUUUUUUUUAUGAUACUCUACUAAACCGAUUUUAUUUUAUUUUUUCGGUCUCAAACACAUAUGUAUUCAGUAUUGAAGAGAGCUGUUUCAAAAGCGACAUGCGUGGAUGGCCUAUAACUUAUAAUACCGGCUCAUGUCUUUAUGUUUGAAAGCUGUGUCGUUGGUGGGUGGCUUUUGUGUGUAGCAAAAGUGACAGAGAACUUGUCUCUCCAAAAUGAAGUCAUUCCUGUGAGCAAACCGAUGCCUUGAAACAUACAACUUUUAUCAAUGCAACAGUUGGGGAAAAAGGCAUGCAGGUCAUGUACCCAGGAAGUGCUUUUAUCAAAAGUUUAAACACUCCUGCUUACUCUAAAGUAAAUACUACUUCAUUGCCUUUCCCUUCAUUUAUUCCAACCCUAACAUUAUUCUGUAAAAUGAUGUAAAUUACUCUAAAGUGCAUUUAUCUUUGCUGGAGCGGGUUCUGUCAAACCUGAGUUGAUUUUGAUGUCUCUCCCAUUCUGAACCACGGCGAAGCAGAAUUGUGUCCUUGUCCAGUGUCACACCAGCUAAAUGCUUGUCCGGGGGUAUAUUCAGUGCAGAAAUAUGUUCAGAUUGCUACAGAUAAAUGUAUUGGAUAGAUCACACUAUAGUUUUGAAUAGAAAAAUGUCUGCUCUACAUGUAAAAUUUUUGCCUUCCAAGUUCUGAACAUUGUGCCCUCCUGAAAGAGACAUGGUUUUAGACGGAAUUGGUCCACCUCUAACACCAAGCAAAGCAUUUAUUCUAGUAAAUUAACGAGUCCCUCGUCCUUGAUACUAAAGACAUUUAGAAUGUACAGGGGAAUAAAUAUUGCCCACUUUGUAUCAGAACGCUAACCCUUUUACCAUUUAAUCUUCCUUAUUAUAUGUUUUUCUCAUACACAUGGUACAGAGAAAUACCUUGUAUAAUGUCAACUAAAUGCAUGACUCAUUCAAUAAAUCAGAAAUAGUUUUUUAAAUCUUUAUUUUCUUGGUUUUCUUUAACAUUUGUUGAUAAAUUGUUGUGGGGGCAUUUUGGAUAUAUAAUUGAAUAAAAUGUGAGUCACAUCGAUUACAUAUACAUAGUAAACUAAUUUGUUAUGCAAUAGAUUUCUACAGUUUUUCAGUUGCAUAAAGGAUAGACUAUUGUUCAUUCAGUUGUUUAAUAUGGAAUAACGCUGCUAUGGCUAUAUUGUAAUCAAUUGAAAAUGAAUUCUGAAUUGGAGAACAGAAUACUAUUUUAACUAUUUUAAUGACAACCUGUCCUCUAGUAUCACUGUAAAAGAGCUGUAAUUAUUUGCAGUGCUGAUGCCACUAUGGCUGCUUUACACAGACAGC